ACUGACGCCAUUUUUAAAUACCGGUUGGCGAUAGCCGGUUUUGCGUGAACUACGUGUUUUGUAUACACGAGUUAUUUUUAUUUAACUAAAUAAUUGUCGUUACGCCUGACUACAACAACCAGCUAUAACCACUGAUAAUUGUUCUUGAUCAAUAGUGAUUAACAGUGUAUUUUAUUGACUCGAGGGAUAAUAUUCGUGGAUAACAGAGCGAGUGAAAAAAGCGAAGCUCUUGGAGUGAUGCCUCUUUGGUUAGAAUGAUAUACAACAGUGGCCCAAAAUCAUCAAUUGUCGUUGCCCCGAGGCUCACUAAUAACGUGAAUAACUCGGUAAACAGAGAAUGAGCGGGGAAACGAGGAGGGGUAGUAGAUCGGACAGAUCCAGGGAGGAGAGACUAAGAAACUUGAGGAGGAGUGCAUCAGGCUCGAGUGAGAAUGGCACGCGCUCACGAUCGGGAAAUGCUCCAGGUAAGGAGAAGAGAAACAGACCAACGAGACAGAGGAAAAUGAGUUCUUCACAGUCUGUCGAUGCAUCCAGUGGCUCAAGCCUUGAUCGUAAGAGGGGCGAUGGGGGUAGAAAUAGGGAUUAUCGUAAUGGUGUCAGGCCAAUGCACCAGGAUAACGCUAAUAAUCGAGGUGGUGGUGGGUUCAGAAAACGGAGGCAUUCACCUGGUCAGAUUAACUGGCAGAGAGAGCAGUUUGAUAAGCGUAGACAGAUGUCUUCCAGGGGCCACUUUCAGCCACCGAGGUUUGAUAAUAGACAGGACAACAGGUUUAGGAACAAUUCGUUCGGUCGUUUUCGGGAUAGAAAUUGGAAGAAUCAGAGUCAGAGGAAUUUUCGGUUCAAUGAUAGAAAUCGUGAGAGAUUUCAGGAGAGGAAUAAUGAACGUGGGGGACUGAACAGGAGGAGUCGGGGGGGAAUUGCGAGUGAGGAGAUGGGGCUGAAUGAUGCUGGGAAGAAUCAUAAGUUGGUGACAUCGGCCUGGAUCAUGGAGAGUCCUGAUAGGAAGAGGGAGAAGGACAGGGGAGGGGCCUUAGGCAGUGCUAAGGCUGAUGAUACCGUUGUUUCUUUGUCGCCUGAUGUGAGGAACAGGAGCGACAGUCCAGGGAAGAAGAAGAAGAUCAAUCGAUCGAGAUCAUCGUCGUCUUCUUCGUCGUCCAGUGAGUCGAGCAGUAGUAGCUCGACCAGCAGCUCGUCCAGCUCGUCGUCGAGCAGCAGUUCGUCGUCUAGCAGCUCGGAUCGGGAUAAGAAACGUAAGAAGAAGAAGAAGUUGUCGAAGAAGGCUAAGAAGGCGGAGAAGAAGAGGAAGGAGAAGAAGAAAAAAUUGAGGAAGAGGCAGAAGAAGAAGAUGAUGAAGGCUGCUAAGGAGAAGAAGGUGGUGGGCGGUGAGAAGAAGUCGAGCAAGGACAGAUUGAUCAAGGAUAUAUCGGUGGAAAUUGCCGAGAAGUCCAAGUCUAUGGCACCUAUGACUAAGGAGGAGUGGGACAAGCGACAGAGUGUCAUUCGCAGGGUUUAUGAUGAGGAGACUGGUCGGCACAGAUUGGUCAAAGGAGACGGUGAAAUCAUGGAAGAAAUUGUUACCAAGGAUCGCCACAAAGAGAUCAAUCGACAGGCAUCACGUGGCGAUGGUGAAUAUUUUCAAUCACGUUUGAGAACAAAUAAAUGACUUAAUUCUCUUUGUAACGAAUUAUUAUUACCUAAGGAUGAAACAAGAUAUGAAACAUUAUCGUGUAAUUACAAUGUUGUUCCAAUCAUUUAUAAA